AACCUCCAACCCCCAAAUCCUCGAUCUCAUCCUCCAUUCUGCGUCGUCGUCUUCUUCUUCGUCGCGAAGUAAACUCCAAGUGCGACGCGAUCGGUGAGAGAGAGAGAGAGAGAGGCGAGCCCAACGAUGUCGUACGCGACAGGGGUGAACGUGAUGCUGGCGGUGCAGGAGAAGAAGACGGUCGCCGUCGACCUAUACAGGCCGCUCCGCCAGUACAUCGCCGUCACCUACGGCGAGCAGGAGGCGCAAGCGGUGGAGGAUGACCUCGACGCGGUGCGCCAGCUCCGCCUCGAUCUCGAGAAGCCCCCCAACGCCGCAGCAUCUCCCAGCCUCCGCCGUGACAAUCUCCUGUCCUACUACCGCGCCCUCGCCGUCAUCGAGCCCCGCUUCCCUAUCUCCCCCGAUCGUGACCACGUCCAUACCCUCACCUUCACCUGGUUCGACGCCUUCAAGCCCGCCAAGAAGGCCGCCCAAACGUCCAUCCACCUCGAGAAGGCCGCUGUCCUCUUCAACCUUGGCGCCGUACACAGCCAGAUCGCCCUCUCCGCCGACCGCGCCGACGCCGCAGGCCUCAAGCAGGCCUGCAACGCCUUCCAGACCGCUGCCGGAGCGUUUGCCUACCUCCGGGAUAAUGCUGCUGGCAGGGCUACUACUGCCGGCGGAGCCACCGUCGAUCUCUCUGUCGAGUGUGCCGGGAUGCUGGAGAAGCUCAUGCUGGCGCAGGCCCAAGAGUGCUUCUUCGAGAAGGUCAUCGGGGAUGCGAAGCCCCCUGCUCUCUGCUCCAAGGUCGCCCGCCAGGUUGGCCUCUACUAUGAGGAAGCCUAUGCAGUUCUGAAUGCUCCACCACUCAACCAGCACUUUGAACGUACAUGGAUAUCUCAUGUGCAACUUAAGGCAGCCCAAUUUUAUGCAGAGGCUUGCUAUAGAUACUCCUUGGAUCUUCAUGAGAAGGAGGAAAUUGCCGAAGAGAUUUGUAGGCUGAGGAUUGGGAUAAGUGCCCUUGCCGAUGCAAAGAAAUCUGCCAGGGGUGUUGCUCAACCUCUGCUUGAUGCUGUUAACAAACUAGAAACUAAUAUGAACCAGAACCUGGAGACAGCUACAAAAGAAAAUGAUCGGGUCUAUCUCAUGCGGAUUCCAGCAGCAAGUUCUUUGACUGCUCUGCCUGCAGCCUCUCUUGUGAAGCCUACAUCAAUGGCUGAAGUUCUAGAUGCUAGCAAGGAGAGUCUGUUCUCAAGGCUUGUUCCAGACAGCAGCACAAAGGCUCUAUCCAGAUAUACAGAUAUGGUCGACGACAUCAUUCGCACACAAGCAGAAAAGUUGCAGCAAGGAAGUGAGAUAACAAGAGUUAAGCUCAAAGAGAUGGACCUACCUGAUUCUAUCUUAGCAUUGGAAGGUAACUUUAGUUUGCCCUUGGAUCUCAAGGAGGAUGUUGAAGUGGUCCAGAUAAGUGGUGGCCCUUCUGGGCUGGAACCUGAGCUUCAGCAACUCAAAGACUUAAGGAGAGUCAAUCAGGAGCUCUUGGUCCAGACCGAAGAGUUACUAAAGAAGGAAGCAGAUGAGGAUGCACAAUUCCGAACUCAAUUUGGGACAAGGUGGACCAGAACUCAGUCGAGCGUGCUGACAAAGAACCUGCAGGAUAGAUUGAAUAAGUUUGCUGCAAAUCUUAAACAAGCUGCUGAUAGUGAUGCAAGGAUAGAACGGGCUAUGAGAGACAAUUUCAACCUGAUGGCAAUGCUUGAUCACAGGCCGAUUGAAUCAGCACUUCCAAGUCUUUCAAGGCCUAUUAUGUCUUUGGAUGGAAAUGAAGAUGCCAUAGUGGGAGCACUUAAACAGAGCUUGAGGCAAUUGGAGAAUCUAGGUGCACAGAGGGCAGGUCUUGAAGACAUAUUAAAAGAGAUGAAGAGAAAGGAUGAUAUACUCCCAAAGUUGAUGGCAAGCACUGGAUCGCAAGAAGAUCUCUUUAAGAAGGAGAUAUCUAAGUAUGAUCAGAUAUGUGAAGAAAUUGCCCAAAAUAUUGAGGCACAGGAGCAGUUGCUGCUUCAGAUUCAGGCACAAAAUGAUGACUUUUCUUCUGUGUUCAAUCUGGAAGACUACAAAGUUGCUCGUGAGAAGAGUUACAAACAGAUCUCUGCCGCAAUAGCAAAAUAUCGAGAAAUCAAGGAUAACAUCAAUGAGGGAUUGAAGUUUUAUGUCACUCUUCAGGAUGCAAUAACAAAUGUAAAGCAGCAAUGUAGCGACUUUGCAAUGACCAGAAACAUUCAGUGCCGUGAAAUGAUUGAGGAUGUCCAGAGGCAGAUUGCUGGUCUCAACUUUCCCGAUGGAAGGGCGGGUUAUAAUCAUCCUUCUGUUGGGCAGUCCAACCUGCAGCGAAAUGCUUCUCAGCAACCUGAUCCUCAGAGUGCUCAACCAUAUCCACAACCAACUUACCAUCACCCUCCAGGAGAGCACCCGAGACCCGGAUAUUCUCAUCCUUACCCUCCAUAUGCAACACCGCCGCAGGUCCCUUUCCAAGCACCAACCAGCCAGUAUCCAGGAUAUCGUGGACCUUACUACAAUGCACCUCAACAGCAACCAGGUUCACAUCCUCGACCUCCGUAUACCAUCCCAUCGCCUUAUCCUCCAUCUCAUCAGGGAGGCUACCAUAGGCCCCAAUGACCUGAUGCCCUGAUCCAGGUUAUCCAACUUUGCUUUCUCCCAAUGUGUCGCAAUUACUUAUAAAGAGAGGUAUACUGUAUUUAUCCACAUAAGAUCAUUACCUUGAAAAACAUAAUUGUUUAUAUUAUCCUUAUAUAUAUACUAUCGGCAUGUUUAAGUCUUGCUAUAGUUAUUGAAA